AUGGUAAUAGCACGCAUGAUGUUCAUAUUGACUGCAUUAUGUGCAACAGCCGAUGUAACGCACCGAGAAGAUGCACGAGCAGCAGUAAAAUACAAUUUUAGAGUUAGAGAUUAUGUUGUGUUGGAUUACGGAAUGGGAACGAAUAUGAACACUUUUAGGAUGGAUAGCACGGUUAUAGAACGAUACAAGGAUUUGAGUGGGUAUCACAUGGCACGUGUUAGCUGGGAUGCCUAUGAAAAGAUAAUGGAGGAUGGUGUGGGGCAUUGGGAAGAGUUUUUGAAUAAUGGGGUGAUUGAAUCGGAGAGUAAGAGUGGGAGAGAAGGGAUUGAAGGGAGUGAAGGGAGAGAAGGGGUGAAAGGGGUGAAGGGGUGA